AGCGAUUCAUCGCAAAAACAGGAAUCCCACAGGAGGGCAAUCUACAUGACUGCCAUGUAAAGAAAGGAAAGCUUUAUUUUGGGACACCUGAAAGUUAGCUCCACUUUCAAUCGGAGGAUUAAGGAAUGGCCGCGAUAAAAGGCAUAGUUUGGAAGCUAUGUGUCGCACUCUAGAAUCUAGCGGUAGCCAUAGUUUCGAGAAAGGGUAAACGCCGCCGCGAGAUCUUUCGUUAGAAUGACUGAUGCUCGUAAGCCGCGAAAAUGUCAGAUUAUUAUGCUCGAUGAGCGACGUCUCGAUCUUCUAGUUCAGGUAAGUUAUUGUUUUACACGCUUGGCAUUUUACGAAAACUAUAAAAUGCGGCAGAUCGAUCGCAGUGAAGCUAAUAUUAAUCGCGUGAAUUUUUCUCCACCUCUCAAUUCAGCCCCGGCUGAUGUCCUGUGAUUUACUUGAUUUGGUGGCCUCGCAAGUCGGCCUCCACGAGAAGGAAUAUUUUGGUCUUUCAUACACCGAUGAGACGUAAGUUGAUUUUUUAUUAUUCAUAUAGCGAUCGUAAGGGUUUAAACGUUUUUUAUUUACAGCUGAAGACCAUUUACAUCCAGUGCAAAACGAUGUAAACACACAUCUGUCAUGUCGAUUUGAUAGAUUCAGUGACGGUGCUGCAACCAUCCCACUGCAGCUUAUGCACAUUUUCAUUUCCAAGCACUGUGCUCAUUUAUAAUAUUUUUUUACUGUUAAAUAAAUUUUUAGCUAUUUUACCGAUGAAAACUUCGGUGUUCACGUUUAAGUUACAAGCUUAAUCGAUAUUUCGUAACUUUAUCGUGUAUUCAUUAUUAUGCAACGUGAUUGUUCUCAAACACUUACAACUCUCACAUGAAAUAUCUCAAAAGCGCUUAGAGCGUUCUCUUCUUUUUCACUUUUACUGCUUGUGCAUCAAGGAAGCAUUUUUCCUGGUGAUGUGUUAAUCGCGCUAAUUUACGGCAUGUAAUAACUUCAUCACCCUCUUCAGUAGUAUGCUUCAGAGCUAGAGUACUCAAGCGGUCUUUCUAUGAAGUUUACCAUUCUUCAGCAGAAUAUCUUUUCGCUGUCUUAAAAUUUAUUUCGUGCCCCUCCAUAGUAUUGUUUUUUUGUUUCCUUAGUGUCAGUUUGGACGUUGUCAAUCUGCGAUGGCAGUCACAUUUCAUCCCAUUUUACCUAAUACUAAUUAAAAUGGAUUGAUGAAAUUCUCUUGAGGCCCUCUGUGUAUUUUUUAAUCUUGCAUUCUGAAACAACAACGGCUCUUUUAUUUAUAAUUAGAGAUAAGAUAUAGCUCUCAAAUUGGCAAACAAGGAGGAACGUGUGUGUCUAUUUUCCCGAAGCGUAGCGAAUUUUACGGUUUUCAAGAAGUAUGCAACAAUCCUAGCAAUUUCCUGCAUUGGUCGACAUAUGGUUCGCCUAAAAGGAAAUGCGUAAAAAUAGCUUUUUGUUUGUCGCCUCGGAAGUCGCCAGGCUUAGGAAGGGUGCUUUUGGUGGGAAAUAAAUAAUCAGAUUAGAAAUGAUUGUAACCUUUUAUUGACGCAAAUUUCUAUGUAUGUGCCAACAAAGUGCAACUUCCACAUCAAUAUUUCUGGGCCGUUGUCGUUGAUUAAACAUUGGCAUCCAAAAUUAGAUCAUUUCGCGUUGAUGUAACGUUUUUCUUUAUUUCUUCCUUUCUUAUAUCAGUAUCUCCUUUUUUUAUAAACUUCUGCCGUUAAAAAAAACGGCUUUCGGCGGUCGAUAAGUUAGUAUACUAAUUAAAUUGUCGACUACGUGCUUUUGACCGAUGGGUUAAGUGUGGUGAUAUCAUUUAUCUAAGCUGUAAAUUAUAUAAUUGUGAUGCAAACAAUCUAUGCAGCUGAUAAUUAACAUUACUAGAAGUGCAUAGUUUAAUAAAACUGUUUACAAACAGACAGGCACUGAAUUUUUAUGCCUUAAACAUUUCAAAUGAUUCGCUAAGACGGCUUCAACUCAACUGUUUAAUUUUCCCAAUUAUGGACCUAUUUAGCAAUGAUUCUUGCAACAAAUGUUGCAAAUAACUGGUUAUUUUUUAUUUUCAACUGAAUUUUGUCAAGCAGGUUGAGUUCUGCAUUGGAAACAGAAGACCUAAAUAUAAAUUUUGAUCAUUCAGGUGUGUCGUGAGUCUUUUGACUGAAAUUAGACAAUGUGGUUUGAAAAAUCUGAACUGGGUUUGAGGUAUGGCCAAAAUAGUGCUGACACGUAAUCACAUUUCCCAGGCAAAACCAGGGCAUUAUGUUCAGAAUGGUUUGAAGCAUAUUGAUGUCAUUGUGCCUUUCCUUGCAUAAAUUGAUUUGGAACACAUUUUGGGUCACCAAGUAUAAUUUCUGUAUGAUCAGCUUAGGUGUGAACCUAAUACCAUUAGGCACUUGGAGAUUACAAUUAAAUGGGCAUUAAAAGGUCAAUAGAUGAUACGUGUCAUGACUCAUCUGGUGGUAAUUUCUUUCUGUGUUAUGCUAAUGUUUUUUUCUGUUGUUGACAGGAUGCUAAUUAUGUUUAUAAUAUAUUUGACAUUUGUAGGAAAAUUACAUUUUGUUUUGUAGGCAAAGAGCUCCACUACGUUGCUAACUAUUCCUAGUUUAGUUCGCUAAGUAUUACUCAAACUUAAAAUUUCGCCUCAUCAACUGUGAUAUUUGCCAAUAAAAAAUUUAUGUUUGUGGUAUUGCAACAGGAAUUGAUGCAUUUAAAAAUUGAUAAAAUGUUUUUUAAGGUUGGAUAAGCUUUAUUGUUAAUCAAAAUGUGGCCUAAUAGCCUUUACAGAAGGUAAUAAAAUAUAAGAAGUUAACAAAUUUAUUUUCUCUGGUCCAUAUUAAAUUAAAUUAAACCAAUUGACUCAUUAAGUUCAAGCAAAGUCCUAAUCUGUGGAAAACUAGUUGCAUUAGUGUUUGCAUGAUGCCAAAACUAUUUACUGAUAUUUAUUGUCAACCAUAAAAAUCUAUUUUGGAAUUAUAAAGUUUUCUUUUUUAAAAAAAAUUAUCUCUUGCAAGUUUGUUAAUUAAGGUGCAAGAGUUGGUGUUCAGAAUUUUUUAUUGCAUAUUUAGUGGUUGAUUUUUUUUAGCUGUACACAUAUGUGAUAAUACUCUUAAAAGAAUAUGCUUUUUUGUCCUUUGUACAUGGCUUAAAGGUGUUAAUCAUAUUAUGUAUCAAGAAUUUUGAAAAUAAACACAGUGUCACUUAAUAUCAUAGUUUGAAUUCCAUCCCCCUUACUAAAUUGUUGAAUCUUGCAGAUGUGCACGACCGCACUCAUGAAGUAGAAUUUUCUUUACUUUGCAGUUAAUUGUUAGUCUUGCUAUGUACAUACUUUCAAAAGUAGAAUUAAAAGUAAAUUAAAGUUUGACUUAGACCCAGUUCAGAGUCAUGCUUCUGUCAUGUCAAACUCUAUCCAGAAAUCUAGUUCCACAAAAUCAUGGCAGAAGCACCGCAUCUGAAUCAAAGUUUUAAAUUAAGUUUCGUAAAGAAAUUAAUGUUGGGAAUGUGUGCUGUGCAACAUGACUCAUUCAAUCAAUUGUAAUAUGUUAUUUUGGCAGGAUUGCAUUUCUACAGGAAGUUAUGACAUUAAAUCAUUACAUGUCCUCAGUAAAUCCUGAAUUUUGUGAUAUUCUUGCCUGGCAUCUGUAUCAGAGUCGUGCUUUGCCAUACUAUGGUCAAACAUAAUUGCAAUUAAGUUUUCGGCAUAUAGAAGUACAACAUCUGAACUGGGCCUAAGGGAAAUAAAAAAAAAAAUUCAAGGUCAUUACAUGUAAUCUGUUUUAAUCUUCUCUUUCCUUCUUUCUUCAUAGAUAUUAAAUUGUUGGUCUGACUAUUUUUUAAAUGUUUUGUAUUGACAAUCACGAAAAAGUGAUCUUUCUUUCCUCUUUGCUAUGCAGAAGUCACCAGACCUGGUUAAGACUUGACAGAAAAGUUCUAGACCAUGAUCUUCCAAGAUAUCAAGACCCUUUUCUUUUAGUGUUUUGUGUCAGGUGAGAACAAAUUUAUACAUUUGUGUGAAUGAUAAAAUAAUCUUUUUUUCAUUUCAUUUUCAGUUGAUAUACAUGUACUAUAAACUAAGCCAUAUGUCAUUUCUCAAAAUAAUUAUGAAAAGAGCCCCGUUUGUAGAAUCUGUCUGUUUGGGAUUGGAGAUUGUUUGGUGUAAAAAUAGGCCUUAGUGCAAGAUGAGAAAGGUGAACACUAAAUUUGUUUUGAGUCUAAACAAAAAAACCAGAAAGGUUGAAUUUAAAGGGGAUUUUUUUUUGCUGUCAUAUUAUCAGAAGGGGAUAGGUAUUCAUGUCUAUAUGUCUAAGUGGUGAAUUUCCUUUGAGGUUCGCCACACUUUAGGGCUGAUAUGGGUGGACACAUCCUUUUCCAUGCUUUGUUUCAUUGUUCAUACAACAGGAAAUAGCAUAUCAUGUAGUAACAUUGAGACACAGCAAGACACUCAUGAAUGCUCUCAGCUUUAGUUAUCCAGUUCUGGCUAGAACGACCUGGUUUUUCAGAUUUUUCUCUUAAAAUAUCCAUUUCUCUAUCAUCUCCUUGUUGUAUUAGUGCUGCAAAUGUUAAUUUAUAUAUUUUUUUUUAUAUUCAGGUUUUUUGUCCCCAAUGUUUUGAUUUUAAAAGAAACAAGUACUAUAGAGCUCUUUUUCCUUCAAGCACGCAUUCUUAUCUUUAGGGUGAGUAGGAAGUUGUCUACAGUGUAUUGUGUAUUCAACUAACAAAAAAUUAAAGAUCUGGGCUAGAUUAUAUUGUCAAAAAGUUUGUGAUAAGCACUAUUGUAGAUACAAUUAUAAUAACUCUUUCUAAGAGUGACACUUAAGAAGCACUCGUGCUGUAGUUAAUAAAAAAAAAGAAAGUAUACUUUGGGUUAAUGGUUUUUUUUCGUUGGACAAGGCGAUUAAUUCUCUCAAUGUCUUAACUCACCCUUCCUCAUUAUAAGUAAAGCACAAACUGUUGUGAACACUCAGGAUUUUCAUAACAAAAUUUAGUCUCAGAAGAAUACUGUAAAGUAACAGAAAGAUUUUCAAAUGAAUUACACUCUAACAUCUGUAUUCAUAUUCUCUUUACAAUAUUUCCCAUAGUACUGUGAGGAGAUUUUAUUUGACAAUCAGAAACUUCUUACACUGUUGAUCAAUUCCUUUAUUCUUAUAACCUGUAUAUUUGAUUCAAGGUUGAUACUGUAAAGAGAAAUUAGACACUAGUCACUGUUGGUGGCCUAAGGAUCAAAAAUGAUUCAUGUCAGCAAAAUUCAGCAGCAGAAUUCCAUAUGAUAUCUGGAGAAUUCUCUGAUGUCUACUGCUUCAUGUACACUAUGGAGACAUGACGUAGUACUGGGGGUGUAAUUUUUGAUGGACCAUCAUCAGUUGAAGCUGUUUCAGUAGUACUCUUAGUCUUUUUGUAGAACAGAAAGGGGGAAAACACCUAGCACUCAUGCAGCUGCUUGUCUUGAGUAGUUCCUUUUCACAUGAGUAACAUACCACAAUAAAUUCAGAUCUAAAAAAAUAUUUAUUUGAAUUUUUUUCUAACCUCUUCUCUGUACAAUGUUUUUUUUUCCAGGGUACAAUUCAGUGUGAUAGUGAAACUGUUUUUGAACUAGCUGCCCUUGCUCUUCACGCAACAAAUGGGGACUACACCAGGUUCGACAUAAAAGCUGUUUAAAAUUCUACCUUGAAAUUUUCUGCUUGAAUUGUUUUUUCUUCCUUGCUGGAGCAAGUUAACAUGUAAUUGCUCUCGAAAAAAUGUUUACUAAAUUACAAUUAAUCUCCCUUCAGUGAUGAAGCUGCAAGAGCAGAUCUCAGGAAAUUACCAGUUCUUCCUACAAGAACACUUAAAGAGCGACCUUCAAUUACACUCUGGUAGGUUAAUGUACAGACUUCUUUUGACCAUUUGCUACAAAUACAUAUAUGAACAAGCUGAAAAUGUUUCAGACUGACAAAGUUAGGAAGAUGUAAAAAUUAUGUAUGAGUUGUUCCUCAAGUUAUGAGAAACUGUUUCUUGAGGGUUGUGACAUUGUUCAAGGCAUGGGUAUAAGGGUCCAGAAUUCUGAACUCUUUAACUCCCAUGAGUGACCAAGACAGAAUUUCUCCUUACAAUGUCAAUGCAAUGUCAAGAAGACAAGUAAUGAGAAUAAAGAAAAAAAAAUAAAUUAAUGGAUUAUAAGUUGAUCCAAUACCAAAUUCUCCAAACUAACAUCACAAGAACUGUAUGGCAGACAGUAAGGAGAAUUACUAACAAGAUCUUGGGAGUUAGAGGGUUAAGCCUUGGUGUCAGCCAAAUUGAUUCUUAACAUAGCAAAAUUAGGAUGUGAGGUUAUCAAUAAAGAGUGCAUGAGUUUCAAUCCAUGCAAAUACUAAAAGGCGUCAUGUUAAUUAUUUUUCUAUUACAAAUGAAUAAAUAAGAUGACUCUAAGUGAAUUCCAAUGUGUGUUAUUCAGUGAAGAUAGAGUGUUGGAUUAUUACAAGAAAUCUGCCGGGCAGACAAGAGGUGAAUCUGUUGUGAGGUAAGCUGCAAUAAACAAUAUAAAUUUAUUAGGUCCACACAGUAAUUUUUGUUCUUUUUCAUAUGUACUGGUUCGUGUGAUAUUUAUCUUUAACAUUAGUAAACUGAAGUAUGACUUUGUGACAAACAGGAACUGCUGCUACAUGUAAAUUCUCAUAAACCAUUGUUACACUAAGUAUUAGAUGUGUGAUCAUGGAAAAAAAUCUUUCUGCCCUUAACCAGUGCUGUAGACAUGCAGCUUAAACUCUUACUCCUUUUUCCUUCCCUCAGGUAUCUGGUUAUUUUUCAAAGCUUACCAACAUAUGGUGUUCAUUAUUAUGAAGUUAAGGUGGGUACAGUGAAGGUUGGAUUUUUAUGGGAAAUAUUUGUUGGAAAAGAGACAACACUUUUAAAAUGUGACAUUUCAGUGACUGCAUGACGCCAUUAUCAAACACAAAUGGUAACAUUGACAUGUCAUAGUCAAAACAUCAUGUCAUUGUUUUAUUUAUUAUCCUAAUGUUUUACAAAAUCUCAUUAUCAAACAUUUUCUGACAAUAUUCUUGUAUUUUCAUCUGAGAAAUAUUUUAAAGAUUUCAAAGGUUAUCUAUCCUAAGUACCUACAGUUUUCUUGGUAUUACUUGCUAUUCAAAUGUUUUUACUCUCUUUCAUGUGUCAAAUACAAUAAUUACUGCAUCCAGUGUGGGUAGAAAAGUUUUUUCAGAAAUGGUUUCCUACCUACUCCCAUUUCCUCAUGAUGAAUAUGUUUUGUCUUCUUUGGUGAAAACAGCCAUUUGACAAAGGCAUUGUAUUAACCAAUAUUCUGUAAAACUAUUUAUUAAGUAUGCUUUUUUUUCUAUUUGCAGGACAAGAGCAACAUCCCUUGGUGGUUAGGACUCAGUCCUAAAGGAAUUGGUCUUUAUGAUCAUGGAGAUAAAAUUAAGCCAAGAAAGGUAAAGCAUAUCUUAAUGAUUGCUUAGUUUUGUACCACAGUGUACCAUUUGCACCAAUUUCAAAUGACCCUUCCAUCUUUCAAGACCUCUAGGCAAGAGUGCAAUUUGAAAGCAAUAUCUUGCAGAAUGAGUUAUUGGGUUUGAAAGUGUGUUGCUCUUGGAGAAUGAAAUUUUUCUCUUUUGAAUGUCCUGGCUUUAAAUAUCAAAGUUUUUUUUCUAUUACAUUUUAACCCAAUAUUUUCAUUUUCAGAUUUUUAUGUGGGUUCAGAUAGAAAACAUUUACUUCAGAGAUAGAAAGUUCUCCAUUGAGAUCAGAGAUUCCUACAGGUAAGUUUCAUAAGGUGAAAAAUUCCAUCUUCAGGAAACUGUUUGCUAUGAAAUUAUGAAGGAAGGACACCAUUGUUCAAAGCACAAUUUAUAUAACUCAGGUUUAGCCAACAAUUUUGAAUUAGUUUUGUUGCUUUGGAUACAUUUUCAAGUGAUUGUAUUUUCCUUGAAGACUUUUUAUUUUUAAUUUAAUCUUUAGACUUUCUCAAUGCAUAUGAUUUAAGCACUACAUAUUUUUGUUGCACAUUUAACAAAGUUGUUAGUUAAUAUUCCUGUUCAGUAAUGGAUUCCUUGUUCCAUUUGCAUGCUAAUACUCCGAACGGAAACUUCUCCAGGUAUAUCAUGAGUCUUUCAUUCUUUUCUUUGUGAAACAGUGAAUCUCAGAACUGUUGAAUAUGCCAUAUCCUCUUACACAAUAAAAACUAUGCUCUAGUGGUCAGGUGAUGAUCUAAAGAUCAUCACCUGAUAGAGUGUCAAAUUGUUAAAACUAAACCACCAAAUGAGAAAAAAAAAAGACCGUCUUAAUUAGUGACCCACCAACAGUUGAAAAAGCUGGUAUUUUGGUACUGUAUCAGAAAAUAAGUCCUCUCAUGGAGUAUUUGAACUUUCCACCUUCCAGAUAUGAAUUUAAGGACAGUAAAACUAGGUAUGUUAAAUCAAUAUUACCCCCUUGUGAAAAUAAAUUUCCUCUUCACUUAAAUGCAUGCACAGUCUUAAAGUAAAAUGUAACUUUAAUGUGGGUGUAAUGGGUAAAGUAGAUAAGGAAAAAUUAAACCACGUACGUGUAUAAAUUAAAAACCAGCUAAGAAGUGACAGUAAAACAUGUGAUAAGUUAUGUAUAUUAAUUGAUAUAAAAAUAAUAUAAAAACUGUUAGUAGAUCAAUACUAUUAUUUUGCCGUGAUGUUCUUUAAUUCGUUUAGUAUAUAUUUAUUUCUUUGUGUAUUUAUACGUUUGUGUGUAGGGUUAACACAAUCGGCCGCAAACAUGGCGCUGGCAACAUGAUGGUUCAUGCCUGGUUUUCAAGUACAGGUGCAUUAGCUAAGACAAUGUGGUCCAUGGCGAUCAGUCAACACCAGUUUUACCUGGAUAAGAAGCAAGUCGAGGUUAGUACUUAUUUGAUGGAGUUUGUUGAAUGAAGUAAUUCUAAUGAAUGGCAAGCCAACCGCAAGCAUUUCUUCAAGUUUUCCUCGACACUUUCCUUGCUCUCUACACAAUUCCUAAGGUACUGAUAAGGAAAGUCUGUUUAACAAUGACGAGCUUCUUAAGUUGGUGAUCAUUUCAUAAACCUUAAUGUGUGAUUCAGGGUGAUACUGUAGGGAGAAAUAAGAUGCUGGUCACCCUAAGGGAUCUAAGGGUUAAAACCAAUUUACACAGCGAGAUCGAAGAGUGCGUGAAGAUGAUGUGUCUUCUGGUUUCUGAUUGGUUAGCCUUAGCUGCUACAUAGAACGCGUUCCAAUUCCAAUCAAACGUAGUGGCCAAUCAGAUCUCAAGGAGCCAAUGAAAACUCCAAGCUUAAAAGCAAGCAAACUGAUCGAAGCGUGGGAAAACGCGCGCGUCCAAGUCGCAAUUGGCUUUGGGUUUUACAUCUGAUUGGUUGAGGAGGUGGCGCGACUUAUCGGGACCAAUCACAGAGCGCAGUGAAGAAAAACCAUUGAAGUCUCGGGUGCUUUCGAAACUGAAAAUUUUAAGCAAUUAAAAAACCUUAACCCGUUUAUACUAACCUUUAAUAAAUAAGGGAAUGCUUAUUGGAAUGCUCAUGCAAUUGUUUGAAAUCUUGCAGGGCAAAAUAACAUUGAAGAGAACUCUUCGAGAUAUGGCGCGUGAGUUAUCGCAGUCAACGGGUUCUUUGCCUUCUUCCACGUCAGACAGUAUGAGCACGAAGAGUGACCAGUCACGCAGUGUGUCAAGUCUUAUUGUGAAUGGAGGUGAGUAUUAACCUAACUCCCCUCGUAGUUAGUGAAUUGGGUCGUUUUAGUGAGGGAUCCUUGGCUGCAAGAUAACACUCCAAUCAUAUCCUCUUUUUGGGGGGGGCGGGGGAGGGGUGGGAAAGAACUGAAACUUUGAGAUGUUAUUCAGAUACAAUUCUGGCAACAAGGGGGUAUUAAGAUAUAUUUAUGUAACUGUUCGUGUUGUUCUAAUGGGUCUAAUGCUGUGCUCUAGUAUAGGAGCUAAGGCCAUUUGCCUCAGGACGACUCUCUAUCUCUGCUUUUCUGACACUCUUAAGGGCUGGGCACCUUGAAUUUUUUUUUCCUUUCCUGAGAGCUGGGCGCCUUAAAUUUUUUCAGAUAAAUCCCAUUAGGUACCUAGUGGUUCUGCGAAGCAAAGAGCUUUGCUUUGGUGCUGAAUAUGUCAAUCCAUUGGAUUUAUGCUUAGCGUUCUCUGAUUUUCACAGGGGAGAAUGUAUCGUCGCUUUCCAAAGCCGCUGAGCGCGAGAUGUUAACAGCUCUGACAGCGAGGAAAGAGGCUCUCUUGGAGAAACUAAAAGAAAGGACGGAAGAACUAAAAUCCUUGUGUGUGCAGGAAGCGGUAGGAAGUGAUAAACAUACAACUUCUCCUUACAAUUUCCAUACAUAAUAUCGCAACCAUGUUGUGAGAAUUGGUCGUCAGUUAGAGGAUUUUCUUGUGGUAGACCUUAUUACAAUUGAUUAUCAUAAAACCAAAACUAACAUAAUCACGACGGCAAAUGAGAGGAAAGGAAAAUACUACCAGCGGCCAAUGAGAACGUGGAUGUAAAACAGGCAAAGCGCGGGAAAACUCGGGAGACCAAGGUGCGGUUAGUUUCAGAUUAGAAUCUGAUUGGUUGAAAGGAUGGCGUGAGUUUUCUGGACCAAUCUUAAGGCAAAGUAAAGCAAAACCAUCGCACACCAGGGUUACUUUCGGUAAGCUAUGAAGAUAUGUAUGGCAGAUAGAGAAGAGAAAUGGUGAUCAGAUGCCAGAGGUUAUAACGUUGUAAAGCAAAUUUUACAUACCCCUGACAUGUUGAUAGUUAUUGUCCGACAACCUCUUUCAGGAAUUAAUCGGAGAGUACCCCCCGGAGACGCCCUAUACACCAGGGAGCCCCCUUCCACCAAUCAGACGGAGAGUAGGAACUGCCUUUGAAUUUUCCGAGUUUAUCAUUAGCGGAGAAAAGGACGAGGUAAUUUUUUUUUUUUUUUUUGUGAGAUGUUCUAUCGGAAAGAGUUUUAUGACUGUAAUCCACCGCCUACAAAGGUGAAAAUCUCAUUGAUUAUUGAUUUUUAUCAAGAACAAAAUAGGUGCCAGAGCUACUGAUCUCCCUUUAAUUAUAAUGAAAUGACAGAAUAUUUUUAAAGAUGCAAACUACAUGUACUUGCAAUUCAAUUGCGAGACAUUCCUUAGUGCUGUUACGCUAUCAACCAACUUUGUUUCGUCACUCCCAACUUUCUCCGAGUACAUUUCCCACAUAGAACUUAGGGCUGUUACGCUUAUCCUUCAACUUUGUUUCGUCACUCCCAACUUUCCCCGAUUGCAGUUCCUACGUAGAACUCUGACUGUUUUGUCUUCUGAUUCUUAGUAUUCUAUAAUUGUUUUUCCCUGACCAGGACGAGGAAAUCAAGUCUAUGGCGAGAGAGAUUGAAAUUCAGUCACAGAUAACAACCGCCGCACAGGUAUGGAGGGCAUCCUGAAUGUUUUGAUAUUCCUCCUUCUAUUUUGAGGUGAUUUAGUAAUUUUGAUGUUGUACUGUGCUUACCCUUGCUUCACUUUUUCCGGCACGAUUCUAGAAACUCGCCGAAGACCGCAGCGUAAACAAGAACGUAAGGAAAACAAGGAAGUUAACGUAUCAAAAGUCAUUGAGGAGGGUGAGAACAAUGGAUGCGUGAAUCCCUUUUUGUGCUUUUUUUUCUUCUUCUUUCUCCCGCCGAUUCCUGUCGCGUCUUACUAACGGUACUAGCGGCCACAUCUGCUCAUUAAAAUAAAAGAAUUUUUAGAACACCCAAAAGACCAAUUACUCUGGAACGUGAAUUUCUUUUAUUCCAUUAAUCAAUAAGGCCUUCAGUCACGCGAUUGAAUUCGCUUUUACACACGAAGAACCACUUGUUGGUUUCCCGCAAGAGGAGCAGGGGUUUAAAACGCCCAUGUGUCUUGGUUUGUCCAUUUAUUGCGCCAUAAUCUUUCCCAUUUGUUCUCAAAUCAAAUAACUGAACUCUUUUUGUGUUAUUGCAGCUCAAAGACAUGGAAAGUAAUCUUGAAACACUGAAGAGGAGUCGAUCGGCUGUGGACAUCAACCACGGUAAUGGCCAUCAUAAUUUAGCUUGUUCCUAAUAAGGUUAGUUUCUUUUUCUUGCAACAUAAACCGUACGUGACACAAGCAUUCGUUUCUGUCAUUCGCGCAUCGUGCCUGUAGAAUAUUCAGAAAGGCUUAAUUGUUGGUGAGGUCUGCUUUGACUCGCACACGGGCGGCUUUGCUAAGAUCUUUCUGCCUUUCCUUACAUUAACAAAGCUGUUAUGUUGCAUAGGCCAAGUUGUGUUGCACAUAACGAUACUAGUGUUGUGUCAUGUACCUUGGGUGUAACGUCACUUGAGUUGGCGAAUGGUUUUAGCUGUUUUCGUGGUAGAUAUAGUUAUUGCUAAAUGAGUGAUUCAGAUUCUCGCCUAACCAAGUCCACAUUUUAUUUCGUAGAUGAAGGAGAUAACAGGACCGGAGAAGGUGAGGCAUAGCAGUGACUUCUGUAGCUGAUUUUCUGUAUUGAAAACAAAAUUUGGUUUUAUUAGCUGAGUUGAUAACGUUUCGAACGUUUGCCAUUCGUCAGAGCGUAGGGGAGGCACAGGUUGAAAACCCCAUCGAAGUCGGAAAUCUUUCGUCGGACCCUGCUUUCUUCAAUUUAUGUACUUUCCAAGUUUUCUCUUUGAUCAUAUUCCUUUUUUUUCCAUCAGGUUUAUAUCGCGCAAAUUCGACGGCCAACGGUCCCAGCUACUCCCAAACAGAACGGCUUAGUCCUCACCGCUACCGAACAAGUGUUAACCUUAGUGUUGGAAGAAAGGGAAGUACAGUCAGUUCGGAAAGUUUUCAUGAUAGAGACUCGGUCGAUAGGGGGUCCUACAGCGGACCUCCCUCCCCAGUGAUAUCGCCGUAUAGAAAAACACCCCCGAGCCCCACCGCAAGGUCUUAUCAUGGGUCCUCGGAGACAAGACGACAAUAUAGUCCACUAGCUAACGGUCCCCGUGCGGGAAGGUUAUCUCCCCGGGGGGAAAACAACCGUUCUGUGCCGGCGUUUCAAUAUUCGGAUAGUGACACUAGAAGCGACUCUUCCACGAAGCCAUCGUCGGUGAGUUCGUACGCGAACUCGGAAGAAAACGGAGAUAACAUUGAGCCUUACUGGCAUCAGCGGAGAAUUGGGAAUUCUUGCGAGAGUCUGGACGGGAAUCACGUUCGAGGACCAAGUCCCCGGAUGUUUGUGAAUCGUUCCGCGGAACAGAGUUCAGAAAGUCUCAACAGCGACCACGAGGGGAGUUCCUCUCCGUUUAGUCCUGUGCGCAAUUAUCGAUCAUUUUCGUUUAGCGCUCGCCCAUCGAACUUGAAAAUUCCUACCGUUAAGUAUUUGAACACCAGUGAAUUGGGAAUAAUAAGUAAUUCAGGUACUGCUGGAAGUUAUUCAGUGAAUCACACUUCACGGUUGUCUCCCAAUCUCGCCAGCAAAGGGUAUAUCUCUACAUCUAUGUCGAAAAUUGAUCUACCUCCGCCGUCGUUGUCAAAUAUGAAUUUGAGGACAGCUAGAUCCCAGGUUAAUAUGUCGACGAUACCUUAUCUGAUAAGUCCAGGUUACCAUCGGAAAAAUCAACUCUCAGAGUUGUCCAUAUACGAGGAAGACCUGCUUGAAUGGAGAGCGAAUGACGACUCGGAAGCUACAUUAGUGUAAGAUCAAGAACGAAAAGUAAUCGAUUCUCCAUCGCCGAUUUCUCCAAACUUCACAUUGGAUAGAGAGUGAAGCUGAUGAAAUGGAGCAUCAGUAAAUAUAUUGGACACCAGGUUACUGUUAUCUGACGGGUGAUAACAGUUCAGAGAGCUGCUGUCAAGGAGAUUGCACAUGAAGGAAACUUUAAUUCAUUUUACACAGUUUGUGUUCGAUAGGUGAUAGUAUUUAGUGCAAAUUGACAAAAAUGCAACCUAGGUCUAUUUUUGAUGGUACCCUUCUCAAAUGUUUUUCUUUAACAUGGCUAUUUGAUUAAUUUUUAACGUGGUUAUUAUUCCACAAAAUAACAAGUCUCGGUAGAAAAGCAGGGGGGGGGGCGAAUUUUUUCCUAUCGUAAACGGACAAAAUCGUUCGAAAAUACUCUGAAAGGUGAAAUUUGUAAUUUUUUCUUUUGGACUAAAAGAUCGUAAUGAUUUUUUUAUACAUGUAUAUUCUUUGUAAGUAGUAUUACUGAGACGGGUUAUUUCAUUUGGUCAAUUAUUUUGUUUUUCAAAACGCAAAGUGGAAUGAAAGCCUGAGUGCCAGACGGGAACAUCUCAUUGCGUCAAUUAUGUUAUCGUUAUCUAAACUUCUCAGUUAAGACUAUUUUUGGCUAAACCUUAGACUAGAAUUUUAUAUAUAUAUAUUUUUUUUUUACUUCAACGUGCACUCAACCAACGUGGCCUUAGACUGGAUUGAGAGUGGGAAAUGAACGCUCAUACACACAGACACAACCGAGUGUCGAGGUUAAAAGGAAUUGCUAUGGGUUGCUUUUACAUGCUUUGAUUGGUGUAAAACACUCGUGGCACUAUUGCAAACCGGUCACGCUCAUAUCCCACGCUUUCUUAACUUGUUUUUUUCUCCGUUGUUAUUGGCCCAUAUAUGUUCUCCACCACCACUGAAUGGUUAAUUUUCUCCCGUCAUGCAUCAGUGACAUUUAAUUGAAAUUAUCAGUCUAGGAAUUACGUCUUUAUUUACUAGUCCUUCACAUCCCUAUGGGAUUACGACCUGCUUUCUAGGUCGCUUCUGGAUAUUUAUUUGAAGCAAUUCGCGAAAUAUUCCACGUUAUAGAUUGGGUUACUAAAUUGAAUUUCGUGAGCGCUGUAAAGUAUGGAUUAAAGAAAAGAAAAGUUGUUAUUCGUAAGAGAACAUGUAAAUACUGAAUGAAAAUACUUAUCAUUUUAACUAAUAGCAUUUUUUAAAUCACAGAAUAUACCAGUUUUAUUAUAUUCACAGGAAUGUUUCAAUAAAUA